UUAGGGAAGUAAUGCCAAAUGUUGCCAUAAUUCUCUGUCGGUUUCACUGUGUGAACAUCUUCAAUGAAAAUACCACAGCAGAAGAGUCUAAGGAAAAAUUGAGGAAGUACCUGAAGGGAAUGCUUUUCUGUGAGACUCAGAAUGAGUACAAUGCCUAUUAUGUCAAAGUAUGUCAAGUUGCAAGUGAAGGUUUUAAAACAUAUUUUGACAACAAUUGGCACUCCUCUGCAGUUUGCUACUGGAAGGGUUAUGAACGACUUGACUUUAUUACGAAGGGUGUCACUACCACUAAUCAUAAUGAGUCAUGGCAUGGCAAGCUGAAGAAAUUAUUGAAUCGCAAGAGAACUAUUGCGGACAUGUUCAGUAAACUACGAGUAUUCCAUGAAAACAGCAUCAACACAUCACUUUAUCUAGAGUUUACAAAUGUGGCAAAGGUCCACUAUGUCCUUAACAACUCUGAUCCAACUGUGGCAGAAAUUACUAGAACAAGCACUCCAUAUGUUUCAUCACAGAUCCGGAAACAGUAUGAGCUCAGCUUAAAAAUUGAUGCGCUUCCUGCUAAUUAUGCAUUAGAUUCCAAAAAGUGUGUGUGCACAUUUUUCAAAUCCUACAGUUUCCCUUGUGUACAUAUCUUCUUUAGCAGGCGAAUGCAAGAUGUGCCUUUAUUUUCAAUUGAUGAUAUUGAUUCAAAGUGGCGGGUGGUAGGAGCUCAGCUGAGUGAGAACUCAGUUGCAAAUGCAAAUGAAGAACUGAUGGAUGACCUUGAAGCUGACAAUCUCGAACCUCCACCUCCAGUAUUUAAACCUCCAAAUCCCCUGAAAGUAGGAGGCCGAAAACUAAACAGUCGAGAGCGGUACACAGACUUUCUCAAAGUCUGUGAGAGGGCUGGUGGAGUGGCCUCAGUUACUGGUGGACAACAGUUUUCAGAAAGGCGUAAAAUCAUAGAAGAUAUCGUCUCUAUGUGGGAGAAUAAUCAAGAAGUGGUUGUGAUGCCGCUUGCUCGAGGAGCUGUUUCUGUCCAUCACUCUGUCACAGCUGAGCAGUCCACUGUAACAGCAUCUGACGCUGUAUCUGCUGAGUCGGGUGUUUCUCCCACAAGGCCCUCUGUAAUUGUUCCCCACCCAGAGAUUGACAUUACUGCAAAGCCUACUGUCAAUUGUAGAUGUAAUUUGGAAGCACUUCGAUACGUUGCUAAAUAUGGAGCAAACAGAGGCCGUGUUUGCUAUAGAUGUCCAAAGACACUGCCCCAAGUGCCUUGUUUGUUUCAAAUGGUUGAGAGCUCCAAUCAUCAAGAUAUUAGUAAAUACAGUUCUGAUACAAGAAAAGGAAUCACAGUACACAAUGUGGGUGUAAAUUCUGAAGAGAGGCCAUCUCUAUCACUACCUCCAAAAAUUGUAGUCAAAGGACAGCCCAAGUCAUCACAUCAAAGAACUUUUAAGAAAAAGCAGAAGAAGGAUACAGUAAAGGCGUGGUCAGACUGUGAGGAGAAAAGGAAAACCAGUGCUGACACCAUCAAAGAUGCAGAUGUGAAGCAGCUGUCAGCGACUUUGUGGGAAGUAAAAUCUCAAAAUGGUACAAACGUUUACAUUGUAAGACAAGUAAAGGACAUAGGCAGUACUUGUCUGUGUGAGGCACUCUGCAGUCAUUGCUUUGAAUGUGACUGUAUGGACUUCACCAUUCGUAGAUACCCAUGCAAACACAUCCACAAAGUAUUUGCUGUCAAUAAUGAGCUGCUGCCCGGCAAUGAGGACUCACAUUUAAAUGAUGAUUAUGAUGAAGGUUCCUGUAAUGAUGUAAAGCCUCUUAAGGCUCAGCUUCCUGUUGAAGACGGACUUAUUAUUACCCUAAGUGACUCUGAAAACGACUUAGAGGAUACACCUUUCAUGGAGGAAGGUUCCUAUAAUGAUGUAAAACCUCUCUUGGCUAAGCUUCCUAUUGAAGAGGGACUUAUCAUUGAUUUAAGCGACUCAGAAAGUGAGACAGAGGAGGCAGCUACUCAAAGUGAACAACCCAUUUUGCUUUGUCACAUCUGUAACAAAACAUCAGCAGAACAGAUUAAGUGUAUUGUUUGUAAAGAGUUAAUGCAUGGCACCCUUCCCUGCUCUCUGGACAACAUGUGCAAUCACUGCUGUGGUACGCAUCUCACAUCAUUUGACUUGCAUUUUUUUCUUGUAAAGAGGUACAGUACUUUAAAAUACUUUAUUGUUUCAGAUUACUCCUUUGAAGAGUACUACGGUUGUUUUAGAGUAGCAGGGCAGAAAAAAAAAGGCCCACCGUACUUUUGCUUUGGCUGUAAUCUCCUGAUGCGCCUGCACAUUGCUAAGAAUCCUAAAAGUCCAUCAAGGAAGGGUGACUUUUAUUACAGCUGUAACAGGAACAAAACGAAGAAAUGUGAUUCAAUGUUUUGGGCCUCGAAAGGUCUCAAAGACAUUUCAAGUCCGCAAUCCACAGGCAAUUCUCUAUCAACGCUCUCAAAAUUUGCCAUAAUUAUAAGAUCACACCAAUUAUGGUUGCAAGUUCAUCAUAUUUUCCAUAUCAAUUUACUUUCUGUUUUUAGUUACCAAGCAAGGUAUCAGAGUGUUGAAAAAAAUAAAUAUGGUUUGCUUGCAACUUGACUGGUGUAAUCUUAAAAGAAGUGGAUAGUCCUUUUAAGGACUGAAACAGCCCCAUUUGGGGGCUAAAGCCAAACAGCCCUUUUGGGGGCUAAAGCCAAACAGCCCUUUUGGGGGCUAAGCCAAACAGCCCUUUUAGGGGCUUUACUAUGAGUCUGACGGAACAGGUGCAACGAUGCUGCAGCUGCGGUAUGGAAGCAGGGCAGCACACCUGUGUGACCUGCCAGAAGGUGGUCCAUGCCAUUUUUCCCUGCUCCACAACGGGCAGUCAAGAGCAGGAUAGGGUGUGCCGCAGUUGCUCCAGUGCUACUCGUAAGAAGGCGCCUGUAAAAAGGCUGCUUUUUUCAUCCCAACCUGCCAAUAAUGGAACUCCUAGAAAGGUUUCAAGAGCCGGUCGCCUAUUGAAGAAGAAGAAAACUUUUACUCCUUAGGAAGUCAUAAUCCUUACUCAUUUUUAUUAUUUUACCUUACGCUUCAAACUUGUGCUUUUUUAUGUUUUUUAUCCAAAUACUAAAGUAAGGACAAUGUGAUUUAUUUUAAUUAAAAAAAAAAGAUGUAGCACACUUGGAUGUGUAGUGAGUGUGCUGUCUAGCUUGAAGCCCUUAGUAUUUAGUAUUUAAUUUCUACUGGUGUUGUGCUUUAAAAUGUUUAUCAUUAAACACUGAAGUUACGUCAAUUUUUAGUACUCUUUAAGGUACAGUCUGUGUGCUCUCAAUCUUGUAGCAUGUAGUAUUUCAAUUGUAUUCGUGUUGUGCGUUUUAGUGAUUUUCUCAAAGAUGUACAUUUCUAUUUCUACUGGUGUUAUGCUUUUAAAUGUCAGUCAUUAAACACUGAAGUUACGUCAA